AUGCCAAGUGCUAACAGCACCUCCCCAAAACCCUUCAAACCCAACAAAUCUACCUCUUUUUUCAACUGCAAAAAAACAAAUCUUUACUCCCUCCUAGCUCUUCUUUGCAUCAUUUCCUACCUUUUAGGUUCAUACCAAAACAACACUACCACAACAACAAGCAAAAAAAUCACCACACCUCAAUGUCUCCAAAAAAACCCAACAACAAACCCAAACCAAAACCAAAAAACAGCCAACUUAGAUUUCUUCCCACACCACAACCUAACAGACCCAACAACCUCAUCCACCACAUCCUCCUCCACAAACCACCGUUACCCACCUUGCACCCCCUCACUAACAGACUACACCCCCUGCGAAGACCGCGCGCGUUCCCUAAAACACACGCGCGACAGAAUGAUUUAUCGCGAACGACACUGUCCAAAGAAAAAUGAAAUACUAAAAUGUCGUGUUCCGGCACCAAAGGGUUACAAAAAUCCAUUCCCAUGGCCCACAAGUAGAGACAUGGCAUGGUAUGCAAAUGUACCUUACCGUCAUUUAACGGUGGAAAAAGCAGUUCAAAAUUGGAUCCGUUUUGACGGAGAUAGAUUCCGUUUUCCUGGUGGUGGUACCAUGUUCCCAGGUGGAGCUGAUAAGUAUAUUGAUGAUAUUGGAAAACUUAUAAAUCUUAAAGAUGGUUCUGUUCGAACCGCUGUUGAUACUGGCUGUGGGGUUGCUAGUUGGGGAGCAUAUCUUUUAUCACGUGACAUAUUAACAGUGUCAAUUGCACCAAGAGACACUCAUGAAGCACAAGUUCAAUUUGCUCUUGAAAGAGGUGUUCCUGCUAUUAUUGGUGUCUUAGCCUCUAAAAGAUUGCCUUUCCCAUCUAGAGCUUUUGACAUGGCACAUUGUUCUAGAUGCCUUAUUCCAUGGCCUGAAUAUGAUGGACUUUAUCUAAAUGAAAUUGAUAGAGUCCUACGUCCCGGUGGAUAUUGGAUUUUAUCCGGACCACCAAUUCGUUGGAAGAAAUAUUGGAAAGGAUGGGAAAGAACAAAAGAAGAUUUGAAUGAAGAAGAAAUCAAAAUUGAGAAUGUUGCUAAAAGCCUUUGUUGGAACAAAUUAGUUGAAAAAGGUGAUAUUGCUAUUUGGCAAAAACCCAAAAAUCAUUUAGAUUGCAAAAUCACACAAAAUAGACCUUUUUGCCAAGAGGAUAAUAACCCUGAUAAAGCUUGGUACACAAACAUGCAAACAUGUUUGAAUCCCCUCCCUGAAGUUUCCAACAAAGAAGAAACCUCUGGUGGAGCAUUAAACAAUUGGCCUCAAAGAUUAAAAUCAUCUCCACCAAGGAUUUCAAAAGGCACCAUAAAAAGUGUCACACCACAAACAUUCUCAAAAGACAAUGAGCAAUGGAACAAAAGAGUAUCAUAUUACAAAAGUGUAAACAGUCAGCUUGGAAAAGCUGGUAGAUACCGCAAUUUAUUAGACAUGAAUGCUUAUUUGGGUGGAUUUGCAGCUUCACUUGUUAAAUAUCCAAUUUGGGUUAUGAAUGUUGUUCCAAUUCAUGCUAAAGUUGAUACUCUUGGAGCAGUUUAUGAAAGAGGGUUGAUUGGAAUGUAUCAUAAUUGGUGUGAAGCUAUGUCUACUUAUCCUAGAACUUAUGACUUGAUUCAUGCUGAUUCUGUGUUUAGCCUUUAUAGUGACAGAUGUGAAUUGGAAGACAUAUUGCUAGAGAUGGAUAGGAUUCUUAGACCAGAAGGAAGUAUAAUAAUUAGAGAUGACGUUGAUAUAUUGGUCAAAGUAAAGAGCAUAAUCAAUGGCUUAGAUUGGGAGAGUCAAAUUGUAGAUCAUGAAGAUGGACCUCUUGAAAGGGAGAAACUUUUAUUUGCUGUCAAAAAGUAUUGGACCUCUUCUGUCUCUAUUGAUAAUUCUAGUUAA